GCGAGUCUCCUACACAGCAAGAGAUCCACUGCACACAGAAGGCAAGCCAGUUUUGGAGGGGUGCAAGCUAAGUGACAGUCUCAGCACUGUAAGAAGAGAUCAGUGCCAGCUUUCCAUGCCAAUCCCCUGCAUUCAGAGAGCAGAGAGAGUCUACAGCACAAGGGGUGCAGAGCAUUCACAGUCUUUUCAGAGCCCAUCUACAAAACAAGCAGAGCAAGGCAGAUUUACUCAGCAGACACAGGAGGAGAAAAAGUACUGCGCAAGCAACAGGCAGCCCAGCCUCAUUAAACUUUAUCUGGAGAGCUUCAGCAUCAAGAAGAGCAAGCAGGGAUCACAGAGAGAAGGGCACUGAAGGGUUAGCUCCUGGUUCUCUGCCAGUAGGAACCACCUGAGAAGUUUUAGAGUUCUCAGACUUCAUGAUAGCCACACCAGGAAGAUUACUUGUUGAUAUGGAGGAUACAAAUAAGCAGUGUCCAGAAACAGCACAGGAUCCAGGGAUGGAAACCACCAGAUACCUGGCUAGAGGGUCCAGAUGCCAGGUGGACUUUUUGCAUGAAGUAACAGACCCUGGAGACCUAUCAUUGGAUAGUCUUCUAUAUGAGAAGUCAGAGGUCUCCUGUGCCAAGAGAGAAGGGCCAGGAUCUUCUGAUAACAGUGAGCUGGAUAAUGUCUUGGACUGCAUUCUGGACUCUUCAACAUCAGACCACCAACACCUAUGGUCUGAGUGUGGUAUUCCUGAGAUACAUGGGAUAGCAGAUAUUAGGACUCCUUGUGACCCUAAAGGUGGCAUGGUGGACAUAGGAGUCUGGACUGAAGCCUCAGGAUCUGGAAAGAAGGAAACUCUAGACAGAGCCAUCAUGGAGGACUUUACUGAGAACCAGUCAACUGUGAAAAGUGGUGUCUCAGGAAUUGCGCAAAGUAGACAUUUACCCCGGGCACCUGAAAGCAACCUUAUUACUUUGCCAAACUUGGAUAUGAAUGUGUUAUACCUAUUUGCUCAAGAAAGAGAGUUGGUAAAAGGAGGUGGCCAUGACCAAAGAUCAUCUCCCCCCAACCCAUCCCAGCAGCCAUCUUCAUACACAUCACAAAUCUCCAUUGUACACCCUGAAGAUGGACAGGUCAAGCAGGAAGGAUCUGAGGUCUUACUAUAUCAUUCCAAAAAAGAAAGACUAUUGCACCAGGAUUUCAUGUUACCCACCUCAGGUCCUGCGACCCCUGAAACCGAGGAGCCUAUGGAUUUUAUUCUCUGCAAAACUGAGUCUGCAACCAUCUACCAACCUUGUACACACAACAUGGGUAAACCAUCCGAAAACCAGAUCCAUGUUGCACCUUCAUCUUCUAGUUCAUCUCAAACCAUCUACCAGACUUUGAGUCUUAAUGGGCAACAACAGCAUUCUUACCAGGCAGGAGAAGUGAGCAGGACCUACCUACCCCAGAUUCCACUAUCAUAUGUACAGUACAUCAGGUCCGAAGAUCCAGAUGAAACACCACAGUAUGGCUUUGACCCCUUACCACAGAAGAUCUGUUUGAUUUGUGCAGAUGAGGCAUCAGGAUGCCAUUAUGGGGUUCUCACCUGUGGAAGCUGUAAGGUGUUCUUCAAGAGAGCCAUAGAAGGGCAGCACAAUUACUUAUGCGCUGGACGGAACGACUGUAUUGUGGAUAAAAUCAGAAGGAAGAAUUGUCCGUCAUGUAGACUGCGAAAAUGCUGCCAAGCUGGCAUGAUUCUGGGAGGUCGGAAGUUCAAAAAGUUUAACAGAAUGAAACCAGGAAGAGAGAUGGAAACAGUGGUCCUUCAGCAGGGCAGGCCUCUCGAAAGUCAGCAGGCUCUGACCCGGAGACUAUCAACAAGUCCAACUCAAGAAAUUCUGUAUAUCCCAGAACUGCUGCACAUACUACAAAGCAUAGAGCCCGAAAUGGUAUAUGCAGGGUAUGAUAACACUCAGCCAGAAACACCUAGUGCUUUGUUGUGUAGCCUCAACCAGCUGUGUGAACGACAGCUCCUCUGUGUUGUGAAGUGGUCAAAAUCUCUACCAGGAUUUAGGAAUCUCCACAUCGAUGAUCAGAUUACCCUCUUGCAAUAUUCAUGGAUGAGUUUGAUGGUGUUUGCUAUGGGAUGGAGGUCAUACCAACAUGUCAGUGGGCAGAUGCUUUACUUUGCCCCAGACUUAAUACUGAAUGAACAGCGGAUGAAAGAUUCUUCUUUUUAUGCCCUUUGCCUCUCAAUGAGACAGCUGCCACAGGAGUUUGUAAAACUGCAAAUCACCCACGAGGAAUUCCUGUGCAUGAAGGCUCUGCUACUCCUGAACACAAUUGGUCAAGCAGCUCCAUCUCUAUUGCCUCAACACCUUUCUCCAGUCGCGAGCGUUGAGCGUGGAAUUCCCAGAGAUGAUGACAGAAGUGAUAUCGGCUCAGCUACCCAAGAUCCUGGCCGGGAUGGUAAAACCGCUCGUCUUUCACAAAAAGUGAACGCCCCCUGCAGUUUCCACUGCCGACGUAUUUAUUGUCCCAUUGCUAAAGCUGCUCUUGGCGACUCCUGUCCUAUCCUAAUUCGUUACAGUUUAUGGCACUGCAGAUGGCCACAAGAGCUAGCACUCAUAAGCCUCUGACCAAGGUUUCUUCUCGGAUUUGGUUAUGUUAUUUCCCACCAGCUGUAUCAAUGCUACACGUUCAGUCAUUGCCGGCUUCAUAUGUCGCUUUACAUGUACGAUGUUCUUUGCUUAACCGCCUCCGGACCGCCUAACGCAGGAUUGCGUUCCGGAGGCAGUCGAUUCAUUCCUCCUUGACGCUUCGGCGCUUCAUCUCGCGAGACGCGAGAUUACACGCACAGCCGGCC